AUGUAUGCUGAUGUGGAUGAUGGACAGAGAGUUUUUCGCCAUCGGUUUGUACGGGAUGUAAACCAUUACCCAGCAUUUGUGGGCAAAGGGCCAGGAAAAAGUCCCAGCAGAAAGGACACACUGGAUAUCCAGCUGCUCAUGACAUCAGACAGAACUCUCUAUGUUGGUGCUAGGAACCGUGUUUAUGCUAUCAAUCUGGGCCAAUCGUAUGGAGAUGAAAUUCAAUUUAGCAAGAGCAUAACAUGGGAACCCAAUGCAGCUGCUAAAGAGGAUUGCAGGGUACAUGGACGAAAACAGACGGAGUGUCAAAACUUUAUUAAGGUUAUUCUAAAGAGAAAGAAUGACAAAUUAUUUAUUUGUGGGACAAAUGCUUUCAAUCCUUUAUGCAGGCAUUAUAAGAUGGAUACCCUGGCGCCUCAGGGAGACAUCUCCAGUGGAAAAGGGAGGUGCCCUUAUGAUCCAAAGGAUUCCAAUGUUGCCUUGUUUGCAGAUGACAAUCUGUAUUCUGCCACAGUGUCAGACUUCCAAAAAACAGAUUCUCUCAUAUACCGGAGCCUUGGAGACAGUCCACGGCUACGGACAUUCAAACAAAAUUCAAAGUGGUUGAAAGAGCCUUCUUUUAUCCAUGCAGUGGAUUAUCAAAGCUAUAUCUACUUCUUCUUUGAAGAAGAAUCAGUAGAGUACGCUGGUUUGGAUAAGGUAAUGUUACCUAGAGUAGCUCGUGUUUGUAAGAAUGACAUGGGUGGAAACGCAGUAUACCUAGAAAAUGAAUGGACAUCCUUCUUGAAGGCUCGACUGAUCUGUUCUGUCCCUGGUGAUUCACCCUUCCACUUUAACAUGUUGCGGAGUGUUUCAGAUGUUGUAAAGCUUCAUGGUCAGGAUGUGGUCAUAGCAGUCUUCAACACCCCUAAAAACAGUAUCCCUGGAUCGGCUGUCUGCGCUUUUAGUAUUCAAGACAUUGAAAAGGUGUUUGCUGGGAGAUUCAAAGAACAGAAAUCUCCGACUUCAAUCUGGACACCAGUUCCUGAUGCCAUGGUGCCCAAACCCAGACUGGGUUCUUGUGCUGGCUCGGAAUUGCUUAAACACUACAAAUCAUCCCAUGAUUUUCCAGAUGACAGUCUAGAGUUUAUGAAAAAGCAUUCCCUCAUGGAUGGAUCAGUGGGCGCGGUCUCCCUCCAACCAUUGUUUCUGCAGACAAGAAUUUCAGACCGGAUACUCAAAAUCGCUGUAGAUAAUAAAGCUGGACCGAAAGGGGAUCAAACUGUUGUUUUCCUUGGAUCACAGAAAGGAUGGCUUUUGAAGAUAUUGGUCUGGCAAGGAAGCCCUGUUUUCCUGGAGGAGAUGAAUAUCUACAAUUAUAAAAAGUGCACCCUUGACGUUGGAAUAACUGAGCAAAAUAUUGUGGACCUGAAGGUGGAUAAGCCAAGCGAAACCCUUUACGUAGCAUUUCGAAAUUGUGUAAGAAGGGUUCCCCUGGGAAGUUGUGAGCGUCAUGGACCAUGCAAAAAGGCCUGUAUAGCAUCUAGAGACCCAUAUUGUGGAUGGGCAAAUGAGGCAUGCAUACACCUCUCACCUGGAACUACAGUUGAGUAUGAGCAAGACAUAGAGAAUGGCAAAACAGAUGGCCUGGAUGGCUGUUAA